CUGUUCUGUAGGCUGCCUUAGAAACGGAAGAGGAGCUCGCUGAAUGAACUGAAGAGAUAGAGACAUCCAACCCACGAACGAAGAGAAGUAACUCCGCUUCUGAUUGCCAAGGCGAAGAAGGUUGUUCUCGUAACACGCGGAUCCCCUUCAUUAUUGUGGUUCGGAUUUUGGUGAAACGGGUUCAUUGGGGUGUGUCGUUUGGGUCCCGGGGACCAAAGAAGCCGAACUCAUGGUGAACACGAUGAGCACUAGCACGAAUGGGAGCACGGGAGCCGGAGGAUUGGGCACCAUCGCCAUUUCCGUCUCAGGCUUGGUUUCAGGUUUGGCCGAAUUGGCGCAUUCCGAGUAUCAAAGUGGCGACUAUGAGAAUGCCGAGAAGCAUUGUAUGCAAUUGUGGCGACAGGAUUCGACCAACACGGGCGUCCUCCUCCUGCUCUCCUCCAUCCACUUCCAGUGCAGGAAAUACGACAAGUCGGCCCAUUUCAGUAACUUGGCCAUCAAACAGAAUCCGCUCUUGGCCGAGGCUUACUCCAACUUGGGCAACGUGUACAAAGAGCGGGGUCAAUUGCCGGAAGCGUUGGAGAACUAUCGCUACGCGGUUCGAUUGAAGCCCGAUUUCAUUGACGGCUACAUCAAUCUGGCCGCGGCCUUGGUGGCCGCCGGGGACAUGGAAGGCGCUGUUCAAGCCUAUGUUUCGGCUCUCCAGUAUAAUCCGGAUCUGUAUUGCGUCCGCAGCGAUCUGGGCAAUCUUCUCAAAGCCCUGGGGCGACUGGACGAGGCUAAGGCGUGCUACUUGAAAGCCAUCGAGACCCGCCCUGACUUUGCUGUGGCUUGGAGCAACCUAGGAUGCGUGUUUAACGCCCAAGGAGAGAUUUGGCUCGCCAUCCAUCACUUUGAGAAGGCCGUGGCCUUGGAUCCCAACUUCUUGGACGCAUACAUCAAUCUCGGCAAUGUCCUCAAGGAAGCCCGCAUCUUCGAUCGUGCGGUGGCUGCUUAUUUGAGAGCCCUUAAUCUCAGUCCGAAUCAUGCGGUGGUUCAUGGAAAUCUGGCUUGCGUCUACUACGAGCAGGGUCUUAUCGACUUGGCAGUGGAUACCUAUCGCCGUGCCAUUGAGUUGCAGCCCAACUUCCCCGAUGCCUAUUGCAACUUGGCCAACGCCCUGAAGGAGAAAGGCUUGGUCCAAGACUCCGAGGAAUGCUACAACACCGCCCUCAGACUCUGUCCCACGCAUGCUGACUCCUUGAACAACUUGGCCAAUAUCAAACGGGAACAAGGCUACAUCGAGGAAGCCACACGCCUGUAUUUGAAGGCGUUGGAGGUGUUCCCGGAAUUCGCUGCGGCUCACUCCAACCUGGCCUCGAUUCUUCAGCAACAAGGCAAACUGAAUGAAGCUCUCAUGCAUUAUAAGGAGGCCAUCAGGAUCCAACCAGCUUUCGCUGAUGCCUACUCCAACAUGGGAAAUACCCUCAAAGAGAUGCACGAUGUCCAAGGAGCUCUUCAAUGUUACACAAGAGCCAUCCAGAUCAAUCCUGCGUUCGCGGACGCUCAUUCUAAUCUAGCCUCUGUCCAAAAGGACUCUGGCAACAUCCCUGAGGCGAUUCAGUCUUACCGAACAGCGCUCAAACUGAAGCCCAACUUUCCUGACGCGUAUUGCAACUUGGCUCAUUGCCUCCAGAUUGUGUGCGAUUGGACUGAUUACGCGGGUCGUCAAAAGAGCUUGAUUUCGAUUGUUGGUGAUCAAUUGGAGAAGAACCGUCUGCCCUCGGUUCACCCUCAUCACUCUAUGCUGUAUCCACUCUCACAUGAGUUCCGCAAAAAUAUUGCCAAUCGACACGCCCAGUUGUGCUUGGAGAAGAUCAGUGUACUUCACAAGCCGGCCUACAAGUUCCCCAUGAAGCUAAAUGGUCGUCUCCGAAUCGGUUAUGUCUCUUCCGAUUUCGGCAACCAUCCCACCUCACAUCUGAUGCAAUCCAUUCCCGGGGUUCACAAUAGAGAGAAAGUAGAGGUCUUCUGCUACAGUUUGGCACCCGAUGAUAGUACGAGCUUCCGACAAAAGAUUGGUCGGGAAGCCGAGCAUUUCAUCGACCUGUCGACUUUGCCUUGCAAUGGCAAGGCCGCCGAUCGCAUCUAUCAGGAUGGCAUUCAUAUCUUGGUCAACAUGAACGGCUACACCAAAGGAGCUCGCAACGAGAUCUUUGCUUUGCGACCCGCUCCCAUUCAGGCCAUGUGGCUUGGUUAUCCCGGUACGAGUGGCGCUCCAUUCAUGGAUUACAUCAUCACGGACAAACAGACUUCCCCAUUGGAAUUGGCUAGUCAGUACUCCGAGAAAUUGGCUUAAAUGCCGCACACUUUCUUCAUUGGAGACCACAAGCAAAUGUUCCCGCAUUUGGGUGAGCGAAUCAUCAUGAGCGGGAAGAACAUCAAUUGCGAAGGAAUGCCGGUCAAAGAUAAUGUAGCCGUGAUCAACGCCGUGGACACGGCUCCUAUUUUCGAGAACGCCCAAAUCCGCGAGAUCAAACAGACCGAAAUGGUCGGAGACAAGAAGGAUACCCAAGUGGAGGUCCGAGUGACCAUCGCCCAACUCCCCACCACCAUGGCCAUCGAGUCUAUGAUCCAAAAUGGACAGGUUCAAACCUCCGUCAAUGGGAUCAUGAUUCAAAACGGCCUCACCACCAAUCUCCUCUCGGCAAAAGCGGCCACGGGUGAGGAGGUGCCCGAACAGAUCAUGGUGACCACCCGUAAACAAUACGGGCUUCCCGAAGACGCCGUGGUGUAUUGCAAUUUCAAUCAGUUAUACAAAAUUGACCCGGCCACACUCAAGAUGUGGGUGAACAUCCUCAAUAACGUUCCCAAUGCGGUCAUGUGGCUUCUGAGAUUCCCACAAGUGGGCGAGACCAACAUCCUCGUAGCUGCUCAACAAAUGGGACUUCGCAAUGGCAGCAUCAUCUUCUCGAAUGUGGCGGCCAAGGAGGAGCACGUGCGACGCGGUCAAUUGGCUGACGUGUGCUUGGACACGCCUCUGUGCAAUGGACACACCACGGGCAUGGACGUCCUGUGGGCGGGCACGCCCAUGGUCACACUUCCAGGCGAGACACUGGCUUCACGAGUUGCUUCGUCGCAAUUGGUCGCUUUGGGUUGUCCAGAACUGAUUGCCAAAGAUCGCAGUGAUUACGAAAAGAUCGCCAUCCGUUUGGGAAACGACAAAGAAUUUUUGCGGGGAACGCGUGCCAAGGUGUGGAAAUACCGAAUUGAUAGUCCCUUGUUCUGUGUCAAGACUUAUGCGGCCAACAUUGAGAAACUGUUCUACAAAAUGUGGGAGCGACACGAACGCGGAGAGAAACCCGAUCACGUGACAGAGUUGUCGGUUUACUGAUUAUGUCGGAUUGUGGACACACUUCCACGAGUUCCGAUUGCGCUCUCUUUCUCCGUUUACAUCAGAUAUCAUCACCGGUAUAUCCCCACCCACCCACCCACC